GGUCUGUCAAGUGCGAAACUCUUUUGGUGGGCUUUUGAACGGUGCUAACUAUGUUCUCCCGUGCACUUGGUUUCCGUCAUAAGAUGCCCUUCAUCAUGUUGUGACUUCCAUCUCGGGUUAAUUAUUUUUAAGGGUUUCUACUACGUAAAAGCGCCAUAUGGCCACAUAAUUGUGAUUUUUUUCGUGUGGCACCUAACAUUUUCGAUAACUUUAUUUUUCUAAACAUUCAUAUACACGCGGAAAUCUUGUAUUUUAACUCAAUUUUCGUUUGCUACCUCACUUACAAAAAGCGCCAUUUUAUUGUGCUUACUAGCUGGGUCUUAUACCUUUAUUUAUUCAUAUUUAACUUCGUUAAAACAUUUUAUUUUGGUCAUCGUUAUUGUUGCUACUGGGCGAAGAUCUUAUAACAAAUUUAGUUCAGAAAAUUCCAAUUUUUUGUACCUCAACUAUUCCAUGUCCGCUUCUUAUAUUCGUCGUGAUACACUUGUUUCUAAUCCCUGUUCUCUAUCCAUACUUUCUGGGUCAUCUAUAAAUGCCAAUGAGCAUAAAGAUGUUUCAUCACUUUCUACGAUUAGAUCUUAUCCUGAUCAAGCAAUGCCUUCAAAGCAUAGUCCAUCAGGUGGUCAGUUACAACAAGGUAAUCAAGGUAGUAUUCAUUCACCUAAAAUGUCACCUGAUUCAACUCUAAUUCAGCUUUCUACACCAAGUUUUGUUUCUUAUUUAAAUUCCACUACAAGUCUUGGUAUAUCAAGCGGAAAUCCUAUCACAUGCGAUAGUUUUCUUCGAUCAGCACUUUUAUCAGACGGGUUAGAAAAGCAGUGCGUCGGAAGUUCAACAAAUCCUCACAUAACUCACUUUCAUGAUCCAUCUGCGCUACCAAAUAUCCAUCCAUGUUCACUACUACGUCCACGUGCUAUGACAACAUCAAACGCCUCAAGAUCUGGCACACCGGUCGGAAAUACGCCUACAUCCGGCUCUUCAGCAUGUGCAUCUGCCCCAACUAGCACAACUCCUGUUAAAAAGUCUUCAAGGCGUAACCCUUGGGGUUCUGAGACGUAUUCAGACUUAAUUUCAGUUGCUAUACGUUCUUAUCCAGACAAACAAGCAACUUUACAACAGAUUUAUGACUUCAUAAUUACUCAUUAUGAGUAUUUUCGGGAGCGCAGUGAUCCAACAAGUUCUGCUGGAUGGAAGAAUUCAAUCCGUCACAACCUGUCAUUACAUGAUCGAUUUACGAAAUGUCCAAAAUCAUCAGACAAUACAAAGUCAUCAUAUUGGAGAAUUAAUCCAGACGUAGCCGCCAAGCCAUAUGUGCGUCGACGGGCUUGUUCUAUGGAUACUACCAAUUUAAAGAGACCCGGAUCUGGCAAUUAUGGGAAAAUAAAUAACCGAUCAGGUGGUGGUGUUUCUCACCGAACCGUAUCCAGUCAUCCUGGUCAUCGCAUUCAUGUGCCUUCAGCCGAUAGCGACAUUACCAAACCUUCUUUAUCACCUGUUUGUGAGCUACAGUAUCCAGUGGAUAUGAACUAUUCAUCUACUAAAGUUACUGACAGUCGUUCAAGUACCGAAUGCAGUAAGGAUUACAACGAAGCAAAUGUUCUAAAUUGUUUGACUUCAUCAUCUCCAUCUGUUGACACUUGUAACACAACUAAAUCUAUGAAUUUUUAUCAUUGUUCACAACAAGCAAAUACUACUAACAACAAUAAUUCAAUACCGACUUGUAUCAAUAUUCACUGGCAGAAUGCAAAAACUUUAACGCAUUUAUCGAAUCCUCAAGUAUACAGUUCGAAUCCUCCCAAUGGGAUAUUCAACUCUGGAUUCUCUGGUCUGUCAUAUUCUACUGACCAACCACCAAGUCGAUGUCGAACAAGUGGAUUAAUUGAACAACUGUUGCGUAAUGAUCAAAAUGUUGGAGCAAAUAGUAUUUCUUCAUCAAUGCAUACCAUUGAUCGCUUAUCAUCGGAUCAUUUUCCAAGCAAUUCAUUUCUUCCCUGUCACUCAGGUAAAUCAUCUUUUACAGGGAAUAAUUCGAACUUAUGUACUUCAUUACAACAAAUGGAAACAGAUUAUCUUUCUAAUAUAAUGGAUACAACACCUCAAUUAGAAAUUAUUAGACAGCAGUCUUUUCAUCCAAGUGCUCUGUUUAAUCAUAUUAAUUCAUCUCGUGUAUCAUCGUCAGUUGCUGCUGCUCACCAUUUAUUACCUGUACCUCUGUUGACAGAUCAUCAUGGUUCCUCUACAGCUACUGCUGCUGCGGCGGCGGCAGCAGCUCAAUCUCAUUGGCAAGCUUAUCGUUCUAAUUUGCAUUCAUCAGUUGCAAGUUCAUUCUAUCCAAUACCUCAUAAUACAACGAAUUUUAUAUCUCAAUCAUCUACUUUACAAUCAUCAACACCAGUAAAUCAUUUCACAUCUUCAUUUUAUGAUAAUUCACAUUUAAUGCAUCCAACAAAUGAUGGAAAACUUCCAUUUUUAAAUUGUUCCGGUAAUUCAACUACAUCUCUAUCACCAUCCAUAACGAAUUCUGUUGGUUCAUCUUCCGGUUCUUGGCGUCAUUCACUUGGUUUAGAUAUGCGUUUGUUAAGUGAUUCACAUAGCUUACAACGAGGAGAUCCAAUUAUAUCUUUAUCCACAUCCUGUUCAGGGCAUGGUGGUAUUGAGAAUACGAGUAGAUCAUUAGGUCCAGUAACACCACCUGAUCUUAUGUAUUUUCCUCAAACGACGCUAUUCGGUAUGUCUGAUCAUAAUAUUGAGUCAUCGUUCCUGCAACAACAAACUCAAACGAAACAAGUUAGCCAAAGUGGAAAUCUGAUGUCUGAGCAGUUGUGUAAUUUAGGACGAGCUGAUCGUUCUUCUGUAACAAAUUAUACAACACAGCAAUCAUCGUCACCAUCAUCAGCUUUUACUUCAAACUCAGUACAGUCUCGAUCUACUGAUCGUACAUACAGGGAUUUACGACAUUAUGUUGAACCUUAUUCAUCUUACGAUGAUGAUUGUGAACCACUGGAAUUAGAAUUAAGUCUAGAAUUAGCUGAUCGAAUUGUAGGAAGUACUGCUACAACGUCAAAUAGUAGUAACCCAAUAACUUCUAGUUUUUGAUACGCAUACGAAUUAAUGAAUUAAUUUAAUUUGUUCAGGCAUAUUUCUAAGAAGAACAUUUCAUCUAUUUGAUUACUUAAAAUUCAUAUUGAAUAGUCGUUACUUAAUGUUAUAUGCAUAUGUAUAUUUUCCAACGAAAUUUGAAGGCAGCUUGAAUAAACCUCGAAAUUUAUCUGUUAUGGAUUUUUAUUAAUCCCGUUCUUUCUUAUUGUAUUACCUUAAGAUAACUUAUUCAGAACAUUCUUAUUUUAUUAACUCACUGGUCGUCUUUUUUUUACCAAGGAUGAUACCACCUUCUGUAUUUCUGUUUUUGUAGUGUUCGGCUCUGAACUCCAUCUCUGUUACUGAUAUCAUAAUUGAAACCGUAUGUCGACUUAAUUUGCCAGUUCAUAACCAGUUGUCUUUCCAAGUUAGUACAUGUAAACAGAAUAACUUGUAGCAUGUGCUUUCUCUUGCCUAACUGGUAACCAUUCAGGUAUAUAUAUAUAAUAGCGCCUAUCAUCCUUAUUCUACUGGAUAACUCGGUUCAAGCUAUUUUGUUGCUUGUGUGUGACUUUUUGUAUGGAAGUAAAUACUCCAAUAGUUGGAAUAAUAUGAACCGGUUAUUCACUAUUCAGGUAUUUAUACAAACUGGUUUGUUUUGUGCUUGUGUAACGUAAGGCAGGGCCAUUCAUAUUACUUACUACCUUUAUCCCAAUCCGGGUUUUUUCCAUAUUCUCUCUUGUCAAGUCAGGUAAUAUUUUUUUAGCUCCUUUGUUUUGCUUUGGGUAUUGUUUUUAUGCUGUUUUUUCGUUUAUUUAUUUGUUUAUUUCCUAUUGGAUUUUCUUGAUUAUUGCCACCAUUGUUUAUCUAUUUAUCAAUACGCUUCUCGAAAAUCGAAUAACUACUCUGUUUUUAACUUUUGUUAAUUAUUUCGCCGACCUGUGUGGAUAUGACGUUUAUUCUCUCGUUUUUAUUUAUUUUCUUGCAAAGCUUUCUCCUAUUAUAUUUUCACAUUAAUGCUUAUUAAAAUACGUGUGUAAUGUAUGUGAUCACCAAGCUUAUUAUUAUAGGCUGACUACUAAACAAGAGACAGUCCUUAAUUAACAUUUUCCGUCACCGGUUGACAAGUUAUUAUAUAUAUAUAUCAUCUGUUUAUUACUAUGCAUCUGUGUAUGCGCAUAUUAUCGGUGAAUUGAUUUCUUAUUAUAACAGCUAUAUAGUAUUUGGUUGUAAUACACUUCUUGAUUCUAUUUUCCUUCACGCUAACUCUUAUAUAUACAUAUGUAGAGAUUUCGAUUCCCCGGCAUUUACACAUUUAAGAUUACAUGGAUGAUAAUUUAGAAAGCAGCAAUAAUAAUAUAGUGGGUUGCAUUGAUAGCAAGCCAUAAUUUUAAAAUGAAAGUCAAUGGAUUAACCUGGAAAAGCUCGUUUUUCUUUGAUUCUUUGAUCACUUUAUGUUUAUAAUUUUUGUAUUUUGAAUUCAUCUUUUCUAAAUAAUUUCUUGUUUGUACUAAUGGUUUUGACAUUUCCUUUUUUGGAUUAUUCACAUCAUCACUAAAUGUUGUACAUUCGUUGUAUUAGUGCUGCUGUUGUUUAUGUUGGUUAAUCCAAAAACAGCCUAAUAAAAUGAAAGGUAACAGUAACAUUUUUUUUUACAUAAAAUCAACAAAUCCGGCAUUUUCUGUUGUUAUCACACAUCAAUUUUUCUUACAAUCCAUUCUUCUGCUCUUUCUACUUCGUUUUUCCAGUACCCAUUCUCUUGUGUGCGUUAACUCAGGUGUUUUUUUCCUGUUCUUAAUUUCCUUCUACACUUUUCAUUGAUGCUUUAUUUGUUCACCCACACUUUUUCCGAUGAUAUUUAUAAGUAUUCAAAGUUCAUUCUCCUUUCCUUGACUCAUUCAUAUUUCUGACAUCUUUCCUGAAUAAUUUUCCACAAAAUUAAAAAUUAUUCUCAUUUGAAAGUUCACCUGUGUUUUUUUUACUUCGUGUGUUUCAUCUUUCUUUACUUUUUAAUUUCUAUAACUAAAACAUCAGCAUUACAUCCGUAACUCCUUUUCGUGAGUAGCAAUUUCGUCUAUACAAUUUCCAAUAAUGAGUUAAUUUUUAAAAACAAGUUGUGGAAUGGUUUUCAUAUACAUAUAUUUUUGUUCCCACUAAUUCACUUCAUACAUAAAUGAGUAGUCAUAAUAAUAUAUAUUUCGGAAAGAAUUUCCUAUCAGUUUGUUUAUGUGUCUCUUACUCGAUGUCUAUCAUCAUUUAAAACAAUUUCGGAGUGAUUAUCAAACUGUCCAAAAAUAAAUAUUACGUCGAAACAUACUCAGUUACUUGUAUCCGGAUCUGUUGAUCAGCACUUUCAAUGUGAUGAUUCUCUCUAAAUUGUUUUUUGCGAGGUUAAUUGCAUCUUGUUUUCAUUGUUUUUUGGUUUAGUUAUUUAUAUUCUGAUUUCUUUGAAACUUGCUUUCGGCAUAUUUUGUCGAUAUUUUUCACUUUUAUAAGGUGUUUUUCUAUGUAACUUUGAUUACUUAUAACUGAUUUGUUGUUUAAUGUAUAUUGCUUCUAUUUAAAUUAUUUUUUUUUUAAUUCCAUCGAAUGUAUUCGUUGUAUUACUUCUCUUUACUUUCCUCUUUUGUGCAAAUGCAUACAUAUUGGCAAGGCGAUAGAUUACGUUUUAUAUUAAAGGGUACUCUGUUGAUUUUAAACUUAAUUCCCCCAUUUACGAUUGACAUAUACUUCCUAAUGCUUUUAUUCAAUAAUUAUUAUUACUAUCGUGCUAAAAAUAUAAUAAUGAAGAAGCGUUUAAUAACGCGUAAAAUUCAGGAAUGUCAUUUCAAUUUGUUUAUCCUUUCUAAUCAACAUGUAAUGUGUUCAUCUACCUCGUCAGACUGUAAUAGUCUAAUUGUCAUUAAUUGUAAACAUAAUAUGUGUAUCCGUUAAGGCAUCUCCAGAGAUUCAUUUAUGGCUUCAAAUAUUCUCUCGAUUAUAACUAUUCUUUCUGUUCAUUUAAAUCUGAUUAAUUUCUUAUUCUAUCUCUUAUUAUUCCGGUAUUUCAAUAAUUACUAUUGUUCACUUCAAUGUUGAUUUCUGUCCAGGUAAAUCACUUUAAAGUUUAAACUUUUUAUCCAUUUACGUGUUUGUUUUCCUUAUAGCAGCUUGACGAGUAUAUCCUACUUAUCUUCGAUGAUAUGCUCAAGUGGCUACUUAUUUUUUCUCUUUACGAGGAGAUCCCUAUCUAUAUAUGCAAGAAAGUGUCCACUCAGGAAUUUGAUCAAGCAUACCAGUUCGCUGAUUAUUGUCAUUAUUUUUUAUUCCUGUCAUUUAUUAAUUUAUCAGUGACAAAAAAGUAUUGUGUGUUGAAGUUAGCACUUAGUUAUUUUGCCUUUCUGUGACAAUGUGUUAAGGGUGCAAUAUACUAAUUGUAUUAUUAUGUACUUAAGGAAUUGUAGAGUUAUUUGUUCAGUGUUCCCUGGUCUCUUCAUUGUUAUUCAUGUUCGCC